AUGGAGAGAAGGGGCUGGGGGCAGCGCUGGGAGGGCAAUGUCUGUGCACAGGGUGGAGGAGGCUGGAAGGGGGAAGGCCCCAAGGGCUUGCGGUCGUGCUGGGGGCAGACCUGCUGGGGAGAAGACUCAGGUGUUGGUCAGUAAGGCCAUGAGAUGACGGCGCCCUCAGGAGGCGGGCGAGGAAGCAGGAGCUGUGAGCCGUCCGCACACCUGACUCCCCACACAGCUGUGACCUCCCCCACACUAUGACCUUUCUCUCCGAGCUAUGACUCCUGUAUACCUGUAACCCCCUACGUGCAGAGUUAUGAUUACCCCACAUGUGUGACCUUACACCACUGUUACCUUCCCCAAACAUCCGUGACAUCCCCUAUACAGCUGUGACCUUGCCCACACAACUGUGAUCCCUCCACACAAACCUAUGAACCUCCCCAGUGCCAGGAUGACCUGGCCAAAGGCCUUGGGGAAAGUGUACCUUGGGGAUAAGCCAGAGCUGUCCUGGGGGAGUAGGGGUGGAAGUGGGGACAGAGCAGAGUGAAGCGGCUCAGAGACCUCGGGUCUGUACAACCAGAGGGCAAGCAGGGCAGGCCAGGCAGCUGGAUUGACCCCAGCCAGACCCAUCCCUCUUGGGCCCACCCAGCAGGAGCAGGCCUUCAGGCAGGGCCCUGGGGUGGGAGGGCUCCUGGCACCCCAGCGUCUUCCUGCUGCUCCACCUGGGAUCCAGUCAGCCGGAGAACUGCGGCCUGCUGCUUGGCUGCGUCCUGCUGUGGUACCAGGUUUCGGGGGGAACCAGAACGUAGCAUGGAGCCCUGGGGAGGCGGGGCCUGCCGCGAUGUUGUUCUGUCAGCUCAGUGCUUGGGAGCUGUGCCAGACUCUCUGAGCCUGCCGUUGCUCUGGGACCUGUUUUCUAAACAGGAUCAGUGACCACCUCUGUGACCGGAUCCUGUGCUUAGGUUGAGGCUAAUGAGCCCCCUCCGUGCCCUCUCCUGCCAGCCAGGAGGACCAAUCCCAAGUGUUAGCCAGCUGUGUCACAGCUCCCGUGACCACUGUGCCCCAGGGUGGAGGGGUGUCACUGGUUGAGGCUCAGACUGGGCUGCAGACUUGGGCAGCACAUUCUCCGAGGCCAGGGACAUGCUUCCUCUGCCCCCCCCCGCAGGCAGGCUGGGCCCGGGCGCAGAGCCGUCUCCAAAGCCAGCUUCUGAGUCAGCAAAACUGUGGAGUGAACGGGCACAUGGUCACUGACACAUGGAUGCUCACCCAUGGUCACACAAACAGGGUCUCAUGGUCACAAGGCCACAGCGUCUGGCAAGCACCGGGUCCUCCACGCACACACAUGGGCUCUGCUGGCGUUGGCACAGAUGGUUGCUAACUGGGAAUCUACAGAGACACAGUCCCUGGCCCGGUACGCACACACAGGUGACACUCAGCCCUGACUUCAUGAGCACAGUGCCUCUCAGACUUAGACCCUUAAAGCAGGGAUGACUUACCCACUAGGCACAGGGCCUAGGGCUACAGUACCUCUAGGCCCUGCAAGAAUGUUUUAAUUUUUCCAUCAGGGAAAAUAUAUAUUAAUCAUGAAUAUAUAGUAAGGAAUUCAGUCUGGAUUACAUUUGCCUUUAUAUGAACAUAGUUGUAUAUUUUUAAAUACUUUUUUGAGGAGAGGCCAACAAAGGCAGAAGCACCCAGCGCCCAAGAACAAGUGCCCUCCUUGGGUAUGUGACCCCCGAGGCCCCCAGGCCCCCGGGUCACAGGCAGGCCGGCCCCCUGCCCUGCCUCCGCCCACACCCCAGGCCUAAUAAAGCCCCAGAGCCUGCCCUGUGCUGACAGGGUGGGAGGGACCGCUUCCAGCCCAGCCCCACCUACCAAGGGCACUUUGUGGGGGUGCAGAGGUGGUUCCUCGGCCUGGCCCGCCCUCCAGCCCGCCCCCAGGCUGGGUGUGGUGGCCCCCACGAAAGCUCUGCGCUUCCAGCAGCGGAAGAGUCCUAAGGUGCAGCUGGGGCCUGAGUUGAGGAACAGAAUCUUGCUGAGCCCUGCCUAGGCCCUUACCCUGGGGUCAGGAAGUGCGGAGGCCGAGGUCCUUCAGGCCUGAGGUUUCCCUAGACCCACCCUGUGCCAUGGCAGCCCACCUACUUCCCAUCUGCACCCUCUUCCUGACCUUGCUUGGCAUGGCCCAAGGCUCCAGGGGACCCGUGGUACCCAAACAGCCCUUCACCACCAUCUGGAACGCAAACACCCAGUGGUGCCUGGAGAGGCACGGCGUGGAUGUGGACAUCAGUGUCUUUGACGUGGUGGCCAACCCUGGGCAGACCUUCCGUGGCCCUGACAUGACCAUUUUCUACAGCUCCCAGCUAGGGACCUACCCCUACUACACUUCGGCUGGGGACCCUGUGUUUGGUGGCUUGCCCCAGAAUGCCAGCCUGGGGGCCCACCUCGCCCGCGCAUUCCAGGACAUCAAGGCUGCCAUAGCUGCAUCCAACUUCUCAGGGCUGGCAGUCAUCGACUGGGAGGCAUGGCGCCCACGCUGGGCCUUCAACUGGGAUGCCAAGGACAUUUACCGGCAGCGCUCACGGGCCCUGGUCCAGGGGCAGCACCCCAACUGGCCGGUUCAUCGGGUGGAGACAGCAGCUCGGGACCAGUUCCAAGAGGCUGCACGGGCCUGGAUGGCGGGCACCCUCAAGCUGGGGCAAGCACUGCGGCCUUGUGGCCUCUGGGGCUUCUAUGGAUUUCCUGACUGCUACAACUAUGACUUUCUCAGCCCUAACUAUACAGGGCAGUGCCUACCGAGCAUCCGUGCCCAGAAUGACCAGCUGGGGUGGCUGUGGGGCCAGAGCCGUGCCCUCUACCCCAGCAUCUACCUGCCUGCAGGGCUGGAGGGCACAGGAAAAGCACAGAUGUAUGUGCGGCACCGUGUGGCUGAGGCAUUCCGUGUGGCUGAGGCUGCUGGGGACCUCAGUUUACCAGUGCUGCCCUAUGCCCAGAUCGUCUAUGACAAGACAGACCACUUUCUGCCCUUGGAUGAGCUGGAGCACAGUGUGGGGGAGAGUGCAGCUCAGGGGGCAGCAGGAGUGGUGCUGUGGGUGAGCUGGGAGGACACGCAAACGAAGGAAUCAUGCCAGGCCAUCAAGAAGUACAUGGACACCACGCUGGGGCCCUUCAUCCUGAAUGUGACCAGCGGGGCUCUUCUGUGCAGUCAAGUCCUGUGCUCGGGCCACGGACGCUGUGCUCGGCACCCUAGCCACCCAGAGGCCCUCCUCAUCCUCAACCCUGCCAGUUUCUCCAUCCAGCUCACGCCUGGUGGCAGCCCCCUGAGCCUGAGAGGUGCCCUCUCACUUGAGGAUCGGGUGCGAAUGGCUACAGAGUUUAAAUGUCGCUGCUACCCUGGCUGGAAGGGAGCACGGUGUGAGCAUCCCGGGGUGUGAUGAUUGGCCACUCAUGGAGAUGCACGAAUUGAGCACCUGUUGAUCUUAAAAAUACAGUUAUUUCACCAGCAAAAA